AUGCACAGUUGGAAAUGCGACUCCAUGUUCGGUGCAAGCUGGGAUGAGAAAGAUGGUGUUGUCCCAAAAUGCUUCUGCGAGGUGUAUGACAUAUUUUACAUGUCGAAAACAAACACCAACGCGAAUAGGUUAUUUUUUGGAUGCCCAUUCUUCAAGGUGAAACAACCACAUUAUAAAUUCUUUGUGUGGGUUGAUAACCACAUUGGAAGAAUUGGAUGCAUGGAGCAAACAAAAAAAUUGGAUGACAAUCAGAGCUUAGAUGUUGAAGAAUAUUUUGGAAAGAAAAAAUUGGAGAACAAAAUGACUGAUCUAGAGCAAAGUUUAAUUUACCUAGAGAACAAGAAAAGCAGUAACUUCUAG